AUGCCGUCCGCACAGCAAUCAGAGCCAUCCAACGGCUGCAAUUGGAAGGCCAAAUUCACAAAGAAACAGCUCGAACGAAAGAGACUGGUGGAUCGAGUUGGCCAGAAGAGAACUCGACAACUCCUUAAACGCAGCGUUGCUCAACUGGAGGAGAAGGUCCAUCUGCUGGUGCAAGGAGAGCACAAUACCUUGCUUCGCAAUCUCAUCGAGGAGAAUGCCGCGUUUCGAGCGGCCUUGGACCGCUAUGAGACCAGGAUGGAGACAAUCCUCCUAUGCAGCAAAGAGUGCCUCGAGAUGAGCCAGACUGGAGAUAAGGAAAAUGGCCCGAAACCCACCAUCCCAAAUCUUCCUCUGCCGGUGGGAAACAGCAUCUCAUCCCUUCCCGGUACAAGUCCAACCGACCAAGUUUGCGACCGUCUUUUGGCAGACGGGUCGCUGCCCUUCUUCACUUCGGUCAUGUUUAGGGACAUGUUGGCCCCUUUGAAGGACGUUUCUACUUCGCCACUUUUCCCCGUCGACUACAUUGUCGAACAGGUCAAUACUUGGAAGCUCGUAAACAAACAUGGGCUUGGCUUCGAUUUUCUCAUUAAGAAUUUGGCUCUGGACCGAGAGCCAAUGUAUCUGACAACUGAUAUAAUCCGGCAACGCACUUUUGCCAAAAGUUUCUACGCGGAUAUUCUCAAUAUGCUGGUCCCUGAAAGCGAAUCUUCCAUAUCUCCUCCCGAGGCAGGAGAAGAAAGAGUGCUUCCAGCACUCUCGGAGAUGGAAUGCCAGCGUCGCUCGGUGGCUCUUUGUGCCUGCGAAGUCGUCAGCAGGUGGCGGCCACUUUACAGAUCAAAUUUGGAAUGCGUGUCUAUUUACUGGGCCGUCUACAAAUUUUUUAUGUUCCUGACAUUCCCGUGUCGUGAAAAUCUUCUCAAGGUGCCACCGUGGCUCUGGCCUACAGAGUCCCAGCUGUGUCAGGAGCACCCAGGAUUCAUCGACUGUUUGCUUUGGCCUAGUCUACGCGAGAAACUCAUUGACACCUGGCAUAACUACAAUGUCAAAGCGCUCAUGAUUCAGCUCGUCCGACAUUUCCAGAUACUGGAUAUCGACCAUGUAUGCGUGGGCUUACCGCUGAGUGUCGAAAGUGACUUCUCUGGGCUCUGUCUAGACUCCCAGUUUGAGGCCAUCAUCUUCGACAUCAGAAAGUGGUCGCUCAGCUCAGCGUUCUUCACGCAAUUCCCUGAGCUGCAAUCAUGCGUGCAAACUCCACCGGCGGAGCCGGCUCAAUGUCCCUCGACGAAUGCCGAGGGUACGGACCGUGCGCCUAUUGCGUCAAAUCCGACUGCCAACCAGUGGCUGCGCUUAGGGCCACCUCUGCCCCAGUCGCUGAGUGGCCAAAGUACCCAAACCAGACCUUCUACGCGGGCAACAGGCUCGUGGGGAUCACUCCCAAAUGGUCUAGUCAAUGACUCGGGCAACCCAUCCCACGACAGUUCGGAGACCAUGGAUCCCAACGGCGACAUGUGUGACGGCGAUUUCGCGUUUGACCAGUUUCAAGGCUUCGAAGCCCCGGGCUUUUCGAUCCCUUUUCAUCAAAUUGCUGGCGACGAAGGACAUCCGUACCCCGCUGGCAUCCAUUUGAUGCACGCGGAAAUGGUGACGUGA